UGCUGGUCAUGCGGUUGUGCGGCAUGCGUCUUAACCCAAUGUUGCUGAUUGUUGGUCAUAAUCAACCUUUUUAAAACGGUAUUUGCACCUGUUGCUGGUGUUGAGUUAUGCAUCCACCCCAACUAAAUCCCGUGCCUUCAUGCCCUGGCACCAGGGCUGUAAUGCAGGCAACUUAUGAGUCUUUAUUCGCCCAGUCUUCCCAAAAGUCUGAAGGAAUCGUGACACAGCUGACCGGAAGCCGAACGGAAGAUACAAGAGCUCAACUCUCAAUCAGCAGAACAUCAGGACAGCAGAUACAGACAGCUGUGAUCUGCCAGACAACAACAAAAUCAGGAAAAAAGAAAAGCAUCAACAGAACAGUGUUUUUAAGAAGUAUGAACAAAGACAGCAAGAUGAUGAUAUUCUGCCUGUUCCUGGCAGCUGUCAGCAGCCCUGUGUUUUCUGGAGAAUGGAAGGCGAAUGUGAUAAAAAACCUUGACGCUCUGGUCAAAUCCUGCGUUGUGGUUCCCUGUUCUUUCACUCACCCUAAAGAAAACCUGCCCUCCUCCAGACUCAGAGCCAUCUGGCAUCGCUCAAAGGAUCGAAACCAACGCAUCUACUAUGAAGAUAGCACGCAGGUCUUGGAAAACUUUAGGGGUCGCACAAAGUUGUUGGGACACCUGGGUCAGAACAACUGCACCUUAGAAAUUACUGACAUUAAAGAUCAUGACAAUGGCCCUUUCUGUUUUCGGAUUGAACUCGCACGAACAGAGAGUGAUACAGGCACUGUUGACAAGUUCUCAUUCGUGGAGGAUUGUGUCGAGUUCAGAAUGCUCCCUGAUCCUCCAAAACCUACACUGGCUAAUCCAAAGACAGCCACUGAAGGACGUCCCUACACUCUCACCUGCUCAGUCACCCACACCUGCCCCUCCCAUGUGCCUAAACUCACAUGGAGUAGAGGAACCACAGAUGAAGUGACAGAAGUCCACAAAGAAACCGGAUCUGGCUAUUGGGAGUCACAGUCCAUCCUGACCAUCAUUCCUGAGGAGAAGGACGACCACACCGAGAUCACCUGCACAACACAAUUUAAUGGAGGGAUGACGUCCUCCACAACAAUGACCCUCUAUGUAAAACGUACAGAAAACUAUAAUCACAUCAUCAUUCCCACCGUGGUGGCAAUUGGUACAGCUGUGAUCUUUGCAGUUUUCUGCAGUCUCAUGAUAAAAAAGUACAAAACACGUAUUGCAGAGCUCCAAAAUCAAGAAGGCAGUGUGUGGAACCGGCUUUCCAGACUGUCUCGCAGGAGCAGAAUCUCAAGAUAAUCAAAAGGAACCAAAAGAAGUGAUCAGCAGCCUCCACUGCCAUCUAUCGCUGUCUGCCACUGCUUUUUUGGUUGGUUUUUUUUUUUGGUUUUACUUUCUAAUAACUACUAAUAACUAAUAAUUACUUAAAAAGUAGAACAAUAACUAUAAGAGCAGAAGGAAAACUCACUGUCUACUGGCAGGUGAUGCUAGAGGCACUGCGUUUGGGUUGUUCAGUUGAUAAUUAAAGUGGGCGAUGACACAGUUUGGAGUCUUGUGUAAAUAUGUCACUAAUAAUGUUAACUGAACCUUUAUCAACCUUAACACCAGAUCUGUUGUCUGUCUGUUUGUCCAGCUCAAUACUGCAAAAUGAAAAUAAAAAUAAAUAAAUACUGAA